UUUAAGAAAUUGUAAAAAGCAUCGAUAAUUCUCUAGUAUAAUCGAUAAAUCUCCACCUCUAGUUUGCAAAAAGAAAACAAUUUGUCGACAUAUAUAUAAACGCAAUAUAUAUAUAUAUAAAUAGAGAAUGCGGGCUGAACAAUAAACAGUCAUGUGGCAAUAAGAAGGAAUACAGAUUAAAGCAAUGUCACUGCGUGCACUCCGCAAACGGGACAACACACCAUCAACAUCAAACAAUAGCUCGAAAACAACACUCUUCAAGAAGGCCAACAACACGACGCCAAGCAUAACGUUAACAGCUCCGUCACCGUCACCCCGCCAGUCAUUGGUAAAGUCUUUGUCUACCAUCAGCACCAGCAGCACACAGAAGCUAAUACGUCAACGCAAACUACUGGGUCGUGUCACACAUUCCAAUCCGGAUUUAACGCAAUUCCAACUCCAACGGGGCAACUUCAGGGCUGACAACCUGUUGCGUAGCAAGUCGCAGGGUGAUGUUAACACUGUAGCCCUGGCUGGCAAAACAAUACGCACGCUUACGGCAGCCAACGCCAAAUCCGAGGUGUGUCUGCAGAGCAUCAGCUCGCACAGCUACGAACCAACAACAACGUCGACAACAAUCAGGAAUAAUAACAUCAAAAUGCUGAGCGGAGCGCGUUCGCAUCGCGACUUAUCUGGUGAUCAUCAUCUGGAUUCGGAGGACGGCAGCACGCCACGUCGCAUGAGCGAAUGCAGCAUGGGCUACAGUCAGGCAAGUGGACCGGGGGCCUACUCCAGGCGACGCUCUAGCUCCAUGUUCGCUAGCCAGAUGUCGCUGGGUGGCGGCGCAGCACCUGUUGAUCCCAAUGCGCCGCUGCGAGUGCCCAUCAUUGGCUAUGAGGUGAUGGAGGAGCGUGCUCGCUUCACCGUGUAUAAGUUGCGCGUUGAGAAUCCCGAUACCAAUGACUGUUGGCUGGUGAUGAGACGCUACACGGAUUUUGUACGUCUCAAUGGCAAGCUGAAGCAGGCGUUUCCCCAUCUCAACUUAAUGCUGCCACGCAAGAAACUCUUUGGUGACAAUUUCAAUGCUGUAUUCCUGGACAAUCGUGUGCAGGGACUGCAGAUGUUUGUCAAUUCCAUCAUGAUGAAGGAGCAGUUGCGUAAAUCGAAAUUGGUGCGCGAGUUCUUUUGCCUCGACGAGCCGCCAUCGUACUCCGAAUCUAUGGAGGAGUGUCGUGCAAUAUUUGAGGCUCAGGAGGAGACUAUAGCCCAUUUGAAGCUGCAGAUACAGAGCAAGAACGAUCUCAUACUUGGUUUGCAGCAGAAGCUGCGCGAGGAAAUGAUCGAGAAGGAGCAACUGCGUGAGGACUUGAAAAAUAUCAACCUGAAUUGCUCACACUGCUCCUCGGCAAAUGACAGCACUUCGCUAAAAUAGUUGACAGCAGGACGGAGCUACAAACCACAAGAAUUAUACAAAAGUGCGUGUGUGUACAAUAUUAUGCUGAGCAUAACUCUACGCACUCGCACACAAAGCGCAUAUCACAUACAUAUAUCUCCAACAAUGAAAGAUGGAACUAACAACAAACAAACAACAACAUAUCAGGCGCUAGCAAAAAGGCUCAUUUACAACAGUGCUUUAGUAUUCAGUCGAUAA